AUUCAAUAAAUAUCGAGUCGAGCUUUUCUUGAAUCAAACAAGAUGGCCCUUGAAGAAUAUUCGCUUCCCAAUGAAGCGGCUGAACUGCUACGCAAAGGCAUCCUGCAAAACCCUCUGCUGGCUUCGAAUGUCCCUGCAGAUGGCAACACCCUGGCUGCGUUCGUGGAAUUCUCUGGAAACGCAAAGCCCAGCAUCCCGGUGAACUGGCGCUUUGCGGAGAGUAUCUCCGCCCUUAAAGGCCUAGAAGCUCUCUGGCUGAACGCUUUGCUGAGAUCGAAAUAUAACCGCGAGCCUGUGCAUGUCCAAAUCGAUACCGACCAUGCGACCCUUUUUAUCAUGUCCACCCUCUUACUUGAUGUGGUUGAUGACCAAGGCCUGACACUUGGUGCCUCUUCGGGUCCAAUACAGCGCCUGAUGAAGAUUUUCCCAGCUCCUGGCGAAGAUCCCGAACAGGGUAGUCUAUAUCGUGCGGCGCUCACCAACAUCUACAAGACCAAGGACGCUCGGUUCUACCACGUUCACGGCAGCCUAGAUGCAACCCCUUCACUGACCGCAUUAAACCUCCCUCUGGAGUACGAUGCGCCCUCAACACUAGAUGCAAUCGAAUUGAUUCAACACCGCGUGUCAGAGUUUGACUCUCAAGAGCUCGACGCAUUGAUGAACGAGAAAUUCCGCCAAGCCGGGACAAUCUGCUACACGACGGACGAAUACAUGAAUACUGAUCAUGGGAGACAAAACGCGGAUGCCGGUCUGUACGAGCUUCAGCAUAUUUCCAGCGAAGCCCAGAAGCCGGUUUGGUGGAACAGCACCCCUGACACCGGGGUUGCUCGCCCGCUUGCAGGUCUUAAGGUAGUGGAUCUGACACGCGUGAUUGCUGGUCCCUCCAUUGCACGGGGACUAGCAGAGCAUGGCGCCAGCGUUAUGCGCGUGACUGGCCCCGGGGUUCUUGACGCUUACGCACUUCAUGCGGACCUGAACUGGGGGAAGUGGAACUGCUCGAUCGAUCUGAAAACAGAGCGAGGGAAAGAGGAGCUACGCCAGCUGAUUCGCGGCGCAGACAUCGUCCUUGAUGGGUAUCGGCCAGGUGUGAUGGAGAAGCUUGGGUUUGGAAGGGAGGCCGUCCUGGAAAUUGUGAAAGACAGACCCUUCGGAUUGAUCUAUGCUCGUGAAAACUGCUAUGGCUGGCACGGGCCCUGGAAAGGCAGAAGUGGGUGGCAACAAAUCAGUGAUGCGGUAUGCGGUGUCUCUUAUCAGUAUGGAAGGGCAACAGGCCACGAUGAGCCCGUCACUCCGAUAUUCCCAAAUUCUGACUACUGUACCGGUGUCGCUGGGCUCUGUGGCAUCAUCGAUGCUAUCAUCCAGAGGGCCGAACGAGGGGGCUCCUUCUAUGUCGAUACGGCGCUUAACUACUAUUCACAAUGGCUAGUGAAUUCUGUUGGAGAGUAUCCAAAAGAGGUCUGGGAAGAGGUAUGGCAGAGACACGGUCGGCUGUCAUUCCGCCACUACGACAAUAUGCCUGCGACGAUCCCGGCUGUCAUGAAUUCACUCUCGACCAACUGCGCACCACAGCUGUUCCAGCCUCGCUUCUUCGAGGUUCGCUAUUCGGCUGCCGUGGAUCGCCAUUUCAAGUCUGUGCGGCCUAUUCUCACAUUCCCUGGCAGCGAAGUGACCCCCAAGUUUAAUGUGGGCACCCGGAGCAACGGGCACGAUGCUGCCCGUUGGCCAGAUGACCUUCGCCAGGAGAUCAUUGCUUAAGGCUGGCGAUAAUUGCCAUGCGGUCUGGUUGCACUGGCGUCGAGAUAAUGAGAAGCUUCCAAGGCCAAGCGUCGUAGAUGUCCUGUAGAAACUAGUAUGACUGAGAGACCAAGGAUUGGAAAUUCUUUUCUCAAGAAGGCAGGAUCUCAUUCAUGACAUGACAAGAAGAACCAGAAUGCAAUCUCGGAUCACAUUCUCAGAAUCUCCGCAAGGCCUGGGCAACCUUGAUCAGAGGCAUUAUGUGCUCUGCACAUUUUCAUAAACCUUAAAUUGUCCAAAUAAGGCAA